CUUCCUGGUUCCUGCUGCUGUUUGUUCCUGUCCGAGAAGAGCUUGACACAUGUAACAGAUCGCCAGUGGCUGGCUUGGGGAGUUUCUUGAUCAUCAUCAUCCGAUUGCUUUACUGCUACGCUGACAACGCAAAACCUAAGGUUUCCUGAAGACCUCUUUUUUCUCCUUGACCAUGGAAACCUGCCAUGGCUUUGAGGUUGGUGCUGAAGUUGAACUGCAGGAGGUGGUAGAACUGGUGGAGGAAUGUCCGUCAAUAACAGUGGAGAAUAAGCAUGACUUGCCAGUCUGGCAAACCUCGCAUUGCAUCGAUGAUCUGAUUAGUGAUGAGGAGCUAGAUUCACAGCCGGUCCUUUCCCCAUCUCCUGAGAUUGAAAACCUGAAAGUAUUUGAUUCUUCUUUCAUUGAAACAAAAAUACGUUAUGAGGAGAGAGGACCCGUAAGUGAGAAGACUGCCCCGCUUUCUGUCUCUGAUGGUUCAGUUACAGGAUUCCAGAGCCAUGGAUUUACGACAGAUACGGAGUCAAUGCUUUGGAAUAACUACUUUCUUCAAGACCCAGAUAACCCACUAGAAGUGAUAUCAGGUACUGGGGAAACCGAACCUAUGAGGAAUUCUGAUACCAGCCAGAACCAAGCAUUGUACCGGCUACCUUCUAACUUCAACCACCACGUGUCUUCAGAAUCAGCCUGGUCUGAACAAGAGAAAAAUGAGGACUCCGAACACUUUAGUUACUACAAUGCCAAUACAAAUUUUAGGGGUUCUGUAAAACCUUCAGUUCGUCGCCAUAAAUGUCCAAGGUGUGGACGUAGCUUCAGACGUUUGUGCAACCUAGAGAAGCACCUGUGUCUGAAAAUGGCAAUGGGAUUCUCUGUAGCAAAUGGCAGUAAUCCUGGUCAAGUUGUUUCCAGUGCCAAAGCCACAAUGAAAGUCAACGGGCAUGAAAAUAAUUAUCAAUCCAAUAAUGGCUCGGAUGAGAUGCUGGAGCAGAUGUGUGCCAAAGCUCAACAGGAGCUUCAACUUAUACAACAGCAACAUGGCAAGAGUGGACCUUCUGACGAAAAAAGUGUCAGGCAGGAGUAUGAGACUAUAGAGAAGGCACACCUGCCAGUCACGUCCUCCUUAAGUGAGAACCUUUACGCACCAACUUUCCCUCUGUUCUACCCUUGUAAGGAAUGUGGACGUUAUAUACACAAGAACUCCGUAGACAGCCACAGUUGCUGGAAUAAAGACUCCAGUUUAUCAUUUCUAGAAGGUGUAGCCACUGCUCAUAAAUCCCAAAUGCCAGCUCUGGGAAGAUCUCAACGUGAGAAGAGCAACAAUCUAGAUUAUACUGAUAUAAUUCAAGUAAUAACACCAGGAACUCCAGCAAGGAGACCGAAAAUCCAUUCUGUUGCUGAAGAAUCCAUCACAACUAAAGGCAAACUUUCCAAACCCUCAUUUUUUUGUGAUCGAUGUGGCCGUAUCUUUAGGCACAAGCACACCUUAGAAAAGCAUAAAUGCAUUAAGAAAGACAUCAGCACAUCCCCAAUACAAAAUAGUCUAGAGGAGUCACAAAAGCCCACGGCCAGAUAUCCGUAUUCACUCCAAAGAAGCAAAUCCUAUAUUAAUGCGGAAAAGGGAACGCUUGUUCAAACACACAAGGAUGAUGCUAUGUAUAAAAAGAUAGACUUUUUCCCCGAUCCGGGCUCUUUAGAUUUUUCAGAAACGAACAUGGAUUACGUCAUUGGAACUGCAGAGGAUGGCACAUUAUACGAUGGGGAGGACAUUCCCAUAGACUUCAUUGAUUCAGAGGGGAUGAGGAAUACUGGUGAAACUGAGGGACAGUUAGAGCACAGUUUGCCAUUUGAAAAAGAUUGGGUUGGUCAGUCACCAGAUAUAAUUAAGCAUCUGAUACCUCGUCCAGUGAUCUUGCCAUUAAAAACGUUGGCACGAAUUGGCAAGAGGCUGAAGCAUUCAUAUAAGUGUCAGGAUUGCGGUGCACAAUUUCUUCAGUACUCCCAGUGGAAGCGGCACCAACAGAAGGGAAAAGUGCACAAAGGUGGCUUAAAGGAAAAUCACAAAUGUGACUGUGGCCGAAACAUUUUUGGGCCUUUACACUUGCUUCGACAUCAGUUGCAACACAUAAGUGGCACCCCAUUUGUUUGUUCUGUGUGUGGACAGUGUCUUCGUGGUUAUCGUCGCCUCCAGGCACACAGCUGGGUUCACCCACUGGCGUCCCGAUUUCAGUGUGAUUGUGGCGAAAUGUUUACCCAUCUUUCAAGGUAUCUCUGGCAUUCGUUGCUGAACAGCAAAUCUCCCAAAGGAAAACAUACAAAAGCGGUACGAUCGUAGUAUCACUUUAGCUGUUUUACGGACUAAUCUGGACGCGAUGCUACUGGAACGUCUCACGGAUAGUCUCAUAGACUAAAGCAGAGUAUUUAAGGGUCAUUUUGUGUGACAAUGUAUCUGCUUGAUUGCCACGUGUUUUUGUAAAAUGGAUAAUUUCCAGGACACUAUACUUGUUCCUGAUCUAGCUUUGCUAAGCUACAGAGCAUACACUCUAUGAGUAGGUGGUGCAUAAGCUGUGGAAGAACUAAUUUAAUCUAAAUAUUGAUUAUUAUUUUUUUCGGAAGAAGUAAAUGUUAUUUAUAGCUGUUCUU